AUGAUAGCAGAAGAGCAGCAGUCUUCAACGCCCGAUGGGGACGAUUUAAUCCAUGAUCCUGCAGUUUUGGACGACGACCAGCCGGCCACGGUGAAAGAAUAUCAAGGGGCAACUUUACAGAUAGGAUCAGAGGACAAUGUAGAAGAUGAUACGCCAGAGGUUCUCGUGUGCCAGCCGUCAGUGGGCAGUGGUUUGUCCAGGAGUCGACCGGGCAGCGUGAUCGGUGGGAGUAGUGUCCGAUCGACGGCUAGCAGGAUUUCUAUGAGACCUGGUCGUGUCCAGACAGAGGUCUCAGCACGAUCCUUUUAUUGUUAUAAGGAAAGCCAUUUUGAGAGAGCAGUAAAUGAUGUGAAGUCAAUCAUCAAACCGGAGCUGGAUGGGGAGUUACGAUCAUCCUGGCUUUUGACAGAAAUUGAUCACUGGGACUUUGAGAGGGAGAAGAUCAUCCUCCUGACAGAUAAUUCCAUGUUUGUUGUCAAAUACAACUUCAUCAAUGAAAAGCUGUACGAGUAUCGACGUAUCAUGCUUCAUGUUAUUCACUCCAUAUGUAUCGGUGACUUCAUAUAUCCGAAUGCCUCUCUCAUGCCGGAACGCAAACACGGAGGCAUCCAGAUUCGGUUUGACCGAGGUGAGGAGCUGUCCUUUGGUCAGAAAUGGAACCCUUGGUGUUCUGACAUCCCUUGGGUAACCUUGUCUCACCACCCCCUCAUUUACAACCCCAAGGAGACUGAGACCACUACAUAUAAUGUGGAUGAGUUCUUCGAAACCAUUGUUGCAGAAACCAGUAAGGUGUUUACAGCCAAGCGUCCAAAAGACACUCUGAAGGUGAUUGAGGGACCAAUCAAGAUUGAAACCUAUGCUAGUCCAGUGUCUCUGGUCUUCAAUCAAAGUGCAAUUGGGUUUUUCCGGGACAGAAAUGGAGUCAGCUUCUGA